AUGUCAAAAUAUGCUCCCCAUGGCGGCCGUUCUUCCAACCAACCAAGAGCGACUGCAAAUACCGUCUGUCAAAAGUGUUUGGGCCGAGGACAUUACAUCUACGAAUGCAAGGGCAACCGGCCGUAUGUCUCUCGGCCGUCUCGUACACAGCAACUCGAAAACCCCCGUUUGCUGGCCAAACUGAAGGCGGAUGGGCAACCGUCCGUUGAAGUUCCUGAAGAAUUUAAGAAACCCGCUGGCACAGCAAACAAGAUUUUGGAGGCCAAAGAAAAGGAGAGAUUGAAGGAGGAUAGCAAAGAAAAGGGAAAAGAAAAAGCAGCGGCGAGUCCAUCGCGAAAAAAGAGAAGGAGACGCUCACGCUCUUCUUCGAGCUCAGGGUCCUCGGAUUCUGAUUCUGACUCCGAAAGCAGCUCAUCAAGUAGCUCGACCAGUUCGUCAUCUUCUGGUUCCGAUUCUGAGUCAUCUUCAGGAUCAGAAUCAGAGUCAUCCAGGUCGAGAGAAAGGGAUCGAAAGCGCCGUGUCCCUCGCCGUCGAAGCAACUCAGUUUCCGACGACUCCCGCGGUCGAAAGCCUUGA